AUGACGUCCCGUGUCGACAACGAAAAACUUUGCAACGUCGAAGAAGAUGAACUUCGCCGCGUCGCUUUCGUCGGCAUCGUCGUGAGGUUGGUUUGAGCUUUGAGUUCCAAGCAAUACAUAUUGUAUUCAAUUUUUCAGAAAGUAUCUUUUUCUUAUUCUAAAAUCAAAUUUUUCCGAUUUUCCCUCGAAAAUCUGAUUCAGAGCUACUCGUGUAACUUUGAAAUUCUGUAGCUAUGGAUUCUAAAAGUUGCGUGCUUAAGCCUGAGUUUUAGAUUUCAUAUCUUUGAAACAGAAAAUUCAUGAAAGUGCAAGUUUUACGAUAAACCUUCCCUCAGAUCUUCACAUAGCAUUAAGAAAAAAAUUAAUGUAAAAAAAUAAACUAAAAAAAAAAAAAAUAUUUGAAAACUCUCGUUGAAGCUAAAAAUCUUCUAUUCAAAAAGAUUCUUGCUGGUUGUUUUCCCUUUUUCAAAACUUUUGAAAAAGCAAGGAAAUAUUUUUCUCUUCUUAGAACACAAUGAAACAUCCGAUUUUCGAAUACUUUUUGAAGAAAUCUCUUUCAGCGCUGCCGCUGCCGUCGCUUGCAUAAUUCUUGUACCUGGUCUUUACACGUACCUUCAGCAUAUUCAGAGUACGGUCAAUAGUGAUGUAAGUUUAUAUCCUUUUUCAUUGUGAUUCAAAGACCUGUUUAGGUGGAUUUUUGCAAAGAAGGCGCUAAAAACUUGGCAAAAAUGUUGGAAACGACAAACAUGUACACUUUGAGGAACAAGCGACAAACUGGAUAUAAUGGUGAAUCAGAAUAAAACGCAUAUAUCCAAUUUUACUAAUGGAUGGAAAGAAAAACAAUUGAAUCUUUUUGCGAAUUUUUUUAUAAUUCGAUUAUUUUGAAUUUCAGUGGAUUCUGAUGCUUCUAGUCGUCCAAAGCCUAGAAAGGGAAGUCCUUCGCACGCUCCGCAGAACUACGAUGCCGCCGCAUCUUCCUCAGCUUCUUCAGACGGUGGAAAAUGUUGCAGCUGCGGUGUCGGUCUAGCAGGACCAGCAGGACCUCCAGGACCUCCUGGGAAAGACGGACAAAAUGGAGCGCCUGGAAAAGACGGUCAUCCAGCUGAUGACGCUGGACCGCAUCAAAAACCAGUGUGGAAGUUUGACUGUCCAGCCGGCCCACCAGGAGAGCAAGGAAACGCUGGACCAAACGGAAGACCAGGAAAGCCUGGACCCGACGGGAAACCGGGACGAGAUGGAAAGCCAGGAAAACGUGGCGAGAAAGGCCCAGAAGGUCCAGCAGGAGAAGAUGGUCCUGCUGGAGAGGACGGUCAGCCUGGUACUCCUGGUAAAGUUGUUGAGGUAAAGGCUCCGGCUGGACCACGAGGACCGCGAGGGCCAGCAGGACCAGCUGGACCUGAUGGACAGCCCGGAAGAGACGGAAAGCCAGGUACAAACAACUGCAAAUAUCUUUCGCUUCAAUUAAUCUUUCAGGAAGAAAAGGACCGAAAGGAGGACCAGGAGAUCGUGGAACUGACGGACUUCCUGGUCAGUCCGGCGCCGAUGGCGAGAAUGGAGCUCAAGGUAUGAAUAAUUCAAAUAACGAAGAAAAGAGGAUUGAACUUCGAAUCGAAUCUUCAGGCGAGGCCGGCGAGGAAGGUGGCUGCUCUCACUGUCCUCCACCAAGAACUGCUCCCGGAUAUUAG